AUGGCAGAAUUCACUCAUGAAAGCACGGAAAGGCAGGAGGAAGAGGAACUACAGGAGGAAGUGCUAGAUUUCGCACCAGCCGCACUGGAUGACUCUCUGCCAGAGGUAGAAGAUCCUUUGCAGGAAAUAAACUUAGGAACAGGGGAGGAUCCAAGGCCUACCUUUAUCAGCACACUAUUGAAAGAACCACUUAAGAAUGAACUCGUUGCACUUCUACAAGAGUUCAAAGAUUGUUUUGCUUGGCAUUAUCAUGAGAUGCCAGGAUUAGACAGGGAAUUGGUAGAACACAAGCUGCCAAUCAAAGAGGGAUACCUUCCAGUCAAACAGGCCAGAAGAAGGAUGUCCAUGGACACAGAACUGAAAGUCAAAGAAGAAAUAGAAAGGCUGCUCAAGGCAGGAUUCAUCAUGCCUGCCAUCUAUGCUGAUUGGCUAGCUAAUAUUGUACCAGUUCUAAAAAGGAAAACUGGGGCAGUCAGAAUUUGCGUGGAUUACAGAAACCUGAAUGAAGCCUCUCCCAAGGAUGAGUACCCUAUGCCAAUGGCAGACAUGCUAGUAGAUGGAGCUGCCCACAACCAGAUGCUAUCUUUUAUGGAUGGCAACGCAGGACAUUCCUUGGAAGUUUAUAUUGAUGAUGUUGUGAUUAAAUCACCAGAGGAGGGAAACCACAUGACAAAUCUAAGAAGAGCAUUCCUAAGAAUGAGGCAACAUAAACUGAAAAUGAACCCAAAGAAGUGCGUUUUUGGAGUUCAAGCGGGAAAUUUCCUAGGAUUCUUGGUCCACCAAAGAGGCAUAGAGAUCGACAAGAACAAAGUAAAAUCCAUCAUAGAAGCUUUGCCGCCUAGGAACAAGAAGGAAUUACAAAGUCUCUUAGGAAAAAUUAAUUUUUUAAGGAGAUUUAUAUCCAAUUCUGCAGGAAAGAUCCAGCCUUUCUCUUCUUUGUUAAGAUUGAAACAGGAACAAACCUUUAAGUGGGAAGAACAACACCAACAAGUUUUUGAGGAAAUCAAGCAUUACCUCUCAAAUCCACCCGUUCUGUCCCCACCGAAGAGAGGCAGACCACUCAAGCUCUAUAUAUCUGCAUCAGAAGUAUCCAUUGGAAGUUUAUUGGUUCAGGAUAACAGGGAAGGAAAGGAACAUGCGGUUUACUACCUAAGCAGAACUCUAACAGAAGUGGAAAGAAAAUAUUCUGCAAUUGAAAGACUUUGCCUAGCCUUGUACUUCACUGCUGUAAAGCUCAGACAUUACAUGCUGCCAUACACCAUCUAUAUAAUUGCCAAAACAGAUCUGAUCAAAUACAUGCUAACAAGACCAAUGCUAAGAGGCAGAAUUGGAAAAUGGACCUUGGCCUUGACAGAAUUUGCCUUCAGAUAUGUUCCUCAGAAAGCCGUCAAAGGACAAGCUGUGGCAGACUUCCUAGCAGAUCAUCCCGGAGAGGAGAUUGAAAAUAUGGACUCUUUAGACAUAGCAAAUGCAGAUCUAUUAACCAGAGCUCACACCUGCCUCAACAAUCCUAUCUACUCAGUUCAUCUUGCACCUUGGAAGUUAUACUUUGAUGGAUAA